AAAUUUUAGUUCAUUUUCAACCGUUUCCAACGACGUAUCGACCAUCACAAAGCAACACCUCAUACAGUUUUGUUUUGUGUCGAAAUCGAAGUGACUCACAAGUGUGGUGCAGUUGAGGUCAACGAAAACAAACUCCUGCGCUAUAAAGCUCGACCGCAAUUGUGUAACCAUCUUGCUCGCGAUGCAUCUUCUGCCACGGCGAAAGAUCAGGGUCUGAAUCGAACCAGAUCGAACAGAGUUGCGAAAAUGCAGUCACAACAGUGAACAAAGGAUUUUAACCGACCUUAAAGUAUCUUCUAAUCUUUGCUUGCCAUCGCAAAUCUGCUCUCGAACAGUAAACAAAUGAUAAGCGCGAGGGUGUCUCUCCAGACACAUAGCUGAGUUCCCAUUAGCAGUCUCGCCCCGGUAACUGAUCUCGAAACACCUCUCAGAACACACAAUGGAGCACCUUGCCACCAGUCUCGACGUGGAUACGGCACAUCCACUAAUUAUGAGAGAACAAACAUUGAACAUUACCGCACACAUAGAGGAAACUGGCAUGAGCAAAAACGAAGCUAAGCUGCUAGCUAUUUUAGCCCUUGGAUUGGGUAGUUUUAUAUCCGGAAUAUUGCCGCUGUUUUGCUCCCAGCGGAAUCGAGAGAGAUUUCCGGCGUUGAUAUCAUUUCUGCUAUGCUUCGGAGCAGGAGUUCUGUUGGCAACGGCUCUAGUACACAUGCUACCAGAAGUUCGGGUUGCACUGAAAGAGUAUGCAGAGAUCAUAUUUUGCAUUGGAUUCUUCCUGAUCUACGCCGUAGAUGAACUUAGUCAUAUGUGUGGUGCAGGCCAUAGUCAUGGGCAUAGUCACAACAAUUGCAAUGGACAGCAAAGCGACGGAGCCGUGUCUUCUGGAAGGCGUGUCAGUCGAGAUUCUAAUAAUGGAGACCUCGACAAUAGGGGAUACGGAACUAGUGAGGAAACCAAAUUGCUAAGUAAAAGUGACAGCACAAUUCAAAUUGCACAGCGAGCGUCGGACUAUGAUGCACCUGGGAACAGUCAAACUCUCGGUUUGUCCUGUUCUUCUGAUUCAACAGAAAGCAUCCCGAGGGCUGUUAUCAUAACCGGAGAUAUGUCAGAGCCGGUUACAGGCGUUUUUAGCUUACUGCUGGCACUAGUAGUCCACUCGUUGCUUGAGGGACUUGCCAUCGGGGUGCAAAGUACGGCACCAGGAGUCCUACUCUUGCUUGGAGCCGUCAGCGCUCACAAAUACGUGGUGGGCUUUUGUUUGGGCGUUGAAAUUUGUUCACACGGAAGCCGACAUAGGUGGUCGCACAUUUUGCAAAUCCUUACUUUUGCGGUGGGUUCGGUGGCCGGUAUUGGCGUAGGUAUGAUACUUGACGACAUUGGACAAACGUUUAAUGAGCUGGUGAUACCAACUUUACAAGGGGUUGCCGGUGGCACUCUGCUUUAUGUAACAGUCAGUGAGGUUCUUCCCCGAGAACGAGGAAAGCGAGCCAUGAUGCGGAUUCGACACCUUGGAUUACUGCAACUGAUUGCAGUGAUUCUAGGGUUCACGGUGAUGUCUAUUUUAAGCCUAAUUAUAACCGAAAAUUAGCACAGUAGAGGCCAAUUCGGAAGAGAUUAAUUUUUAUUGAUUAUGAUAAACUAUUUUUCUAGGAAAUUGAACUGAAAGAUUUAGAUAGAUUUAAGAAAAAAUAAAGACUACUGUGAGCCAAAACUUA